AUGAGCUGCAGAGAGACCAUCUCUAAUGGGCCUUUCACAUGGAACGCGGUUUGCGCUGCGCUGGCUGCUGGGUUCAGCGCACAUCACAGUGCGCUGCGCCAAAAGUUCAACCAGUUCAGCUGCAGCAGUCUCAGUUCAGCUGCAGCAGUCUCAGUUCAGCUGCAGCAGUCUCAGUUCAGCUGCAGCAGUCUCAGUUCAGCUGCAGCAGUCUCAGUUCAGCUGCAGCAGUUUCAGUGCAGCAGUCUCAGUUCAGCUGCAGCAGUUUCAGUUCAGCUGCAGCAGUUUCAGUUCAGCUGCAGCAGUCUCAGUUCAGCUGCAGCAGUUUCAGUUCAGCUGCAGCGGUUUCAGCUGCGUGCUCCGCUGUGCUUCGCCACAUUCCAUGUGAAAGCAUUCUGGAUCAACUGGAGAGUCUGUAGAGACUUAUUAGAGCAGCCUGAUAGUUCUACCACACGUUCUACUAACACCUGUUCUACUACACGUUCUACUACCACACGUUCUACUACCACACAUUCUACUAACACCUGUUCUACCACACGUUCUACUAACACCUGUUCUACCACACGUUCUACUAACACCUGUUCUACCACACGUUCUACUAACACCUGUUCUACUACACGUUCUACUACCACACGUUCUACUAACACCUGUUCUACCACACGUUCUACUAACACCUGUUCUACUACACGUUCUACUACCACACGUUCUACUACCACACAUUCUACUAACACCUGUUCUACCACACGUUCUACUAACACCUGUUCUACCACACGUUCUACUAACACCUGUUCUACCACACGUUCUACUAACACCUGUUCUACUACACGUUCUACUACCACACGUUCUACUAACACCUGUUCUACCACACGUUCUACUAACACCUGUUCUACUACACGUUCUACUACCACACGUUCUACUACCACACGUUCUACUAACACCUGUUCUACCACACGUUCUAAUACAUGUUCUACCACACGUUCUAAUACAUGUUCUACAACACGUUCUACUACCACACGUUCUACUAACACCUGUUCUACCACACGUUCUACCACACGUUCUAAUACAUGUUCUACCACACGUUCUACCACACGUUCUACUACCACAUGUUCUACCAAAAAUUCUACCACAUUUUCUACCACACGUUCUACCUCAUGUUCUACCACACAUUCUACUUCCACAUGUUCUAACAAAUGUUCUACUACCAAACUUUCUACUACCACAUGUUCCACUACCACAUGUUCUACCAACACCUGUUCUACCACACGUUCUACCACACAUUCUAAUACAUGUUCUACCACACGUUCUAAUACAUGUUCUAUCACACGUUCUGCUACCACAUGUUCUACUGCACGUUCUACUACCAUGUGUUCUACCACAUGUUCUACCACACGUUCUACAAGUUCUACUAAAACAUGUUCUACCUAAUGUUUAACCACACGUUCUACUACUGCAUGUUCUAACAAAUGUUCUACCACAUGUUCUAAUACAUGUUCUACCACACGUUCUAAUACAUGUUCUACCACAUGUUCUACCAUACGUUCUAAUACAUGUUCUACCACACGUUCUGCUACCAUAUGUUCUACUACCACAUGUUCUACCAGAUAUUCUACUACCACAUGUUCUACCACAUGUUCUGCCAGAUAUUCUACUACCACGUUCUACCACAUGUUCUGCCAGAUAUUCUACUACCACAUGUUCUACCAGACGUUCUAAUACAUAUUCUACUACCACAUGUUCUAACAAAUGUUCUACCACAUGUUCUACUACCUCACGUUCUAAUACAUGUUCUACCACAUGUUCUACCACACGUUCUGCUACAUGUUCUACUACCACAUGUUCUACCACAUGUUCUAAUACAUGUUCUACCACACGGUCUGCUACCACAUGUUCUAAUACAUGUUCUAUUACACGUUCUGCUACCACAUGUUCUAAUACAUGUUCUACCACACGUUCUACUACCACAUGUUCUACCAGACAUUCUACUACCACAUGUUCUAACAAAUGUUCUACUACCACACUUUCUACUACCACAUGUUCUACUAACACACGUUCUACAAUCAAUCUACCACACGUUCUACUACAUGUUCUACCAAAAGUUCUACCACAUUUUCUACCACACAUUCUACCUCAUGUUCUAACAAAUGUUCUACUACCAAACUUUCUACUACCACAUGUUCUACCACCACACGUUCUACCAGACAUUCUACUACCACAUGUUCUACUACCACAUGUUCUGCCGGAUAUUCUACUACCACAUGUUCUACCAGACGUUCUAAUACAUGUUCUACUACCACAUGUUCUACAACCAAUCUACUAAAACAUGUUCUACCUAAUGUUUUACCACACGUUCUACUACCACAUGUUCUACCAAAAGUUUUACCACAUGUUCUGCCAGAUAUUCUACUACCACAUGUUCUACCAGACGUUCUAAUACAUAUUCUACUACCACAUGUUCUACCAGACGUUCUAAUACAUAUUCUACUACCACAUGUUCUACCAAAAGUUCUACCACACGUUCUACCAGACAUUCUACUUCCACAUGUUCUACUACCACAUGUUCUGCUUCCACACAUUCUACCACCACAGGUUCUGUGGAUCAUUAUUGGCCCGAGCUCAUCAGAGGUUCUCAGACGCUGGUUCUGACUGUGUUCUGAAGGUAUUAACCAAUGAGCUGUGAGGCCGAUCAGAAUUAGACUGAGGUUCCUCCCUCGGCCCGGUUCUGCCCAUUAUGGUUCUAACCUCCAGACUAAACGUGUCUUUAUAUCUGAACAUAAUGUUUCUGAAGACGCCACAAAUACAGAAAACAAAGACUUUUAUUUUGAAAUUACAAACAGGCUUCCUGUUCAGUUAUUUACAGCUGAAAGAAAAAAUACAAUAAAAUGUAUAUAAAAAACAAAAA